AGAGGAGUGUGUGUAUGUGGCCGGAGCCUGUGUACACCGACAGCCAGCUGUGGUAACCGUCUGUGCUGUGCUCUCCCUCCCUCCGCCUCUUUACUGAUCUGUCUCUCCGCCUCCUCUCCCUGAACAUUACCAGAAGCGGCUGGGAGUGAGCUGGGCCGGCAGCAGCAGCAGUAGCAGCGAGUACCAGGUACCGGCCGCGUCAGAUGUGAGUGGAAGAACGUACAGGGAUCACAUGUCUGGGAUGUCACCACUCUGCUAUGAUGUUCUUCACGGAUUUGCCACCUGUCUCUGUGGUACAGACAGAUUGGCAUCCCUUUGGGACAUCCCGAAACUUCAGACACCCUGUGAACUUCUCUGACUCUGGAGAGGACUUCUCUGUGCAGAGUACUGUCAGUGUGGAUGUGAAAAUGAUCAUCGAAAAUUUGCAGGCUACUGAUUCAGCUUGUGCCAUGAACAGUGAGCCCAGCAGCCAGGCACAAACAAAUGUAGCCACAAAACAGCGAAGCGACGGCAUGUUGGACAGAACCUCCAUCAGUGUUUUAAAGGGGGCUUCUGUGGAGGAACUGAAGGCUUCUUAUCCAUCCUGCACACUUGGCACAGAGGAAUCCAACUUGGGUCACUGUACUCUGGACUCGGACAGUGACGAGUCUGUUGACCGAGAUAUUGAAGAAGCAAUUCAGGAAUACUUGAAAAAGAAAACAGAAGAUACGUCCUUAACAUCAAAGGCUGCUGUUGACACAAAAGUCCUCCCAGGAACACAUGGAGCCAUUGAGAACUCUGCAACAAAGGUCAACAAUGGCAUUUCACAGGGAAAAGAGGGAGUGAACCCCCCCAAACUAGGGCUAGACCUUGCGAAUGUUGUCAGCCUGGAGCCUGCAGGAUCCAGAUGCUCUUCUCCCUCCAGUAUCAGCAGCAACGACUCUUUUGAACAGAGUAUACAGGCAGAGAUUGAAAGGUUCUUACAGGAGAAGAGGAAUAGGGAGACUGGCAGCAACGGUGGUCCUAAGAGCCAGGCUGCUUCUGUGGGGAGGACCGAGCAGAAGGAAAAUCUGGUGAAGGUGGGACAGAAGAAGAGAAAGAGGUGCAUCAAAUCCAGUGCAGGGAACCAACCCCGUCCUGUUCAACAGACAGUAAUCAACACAAACUCUGAGGUGGGCAACGCUAAAUCGAGUCAGCUUGGGAAGUUGGAGACUGUCUGCAGCACAGAGAAAGGCAGUGAAGAGAAUCCCAAGAGUAAUAAAAAUGUGACUAACAAGAAAAAGCCAAGAUCACGACUUCGCUUUAAGGAAUUGCACAAGAGCAGCAAUACCCAGUGUGACCUCAGUGCUGAAUUCACUGAGUCAAGGGCAAAUCCCGUUACUGCUCGAGUAGAAUUGUCUGAUUCUAGCAGUGAUGAUGGGAUUGAAGAAGCCAUUCAACUUUACCAAUUAGAACAAAAGAAGGGGAAAGCCAAAGACGUAGCCUUUGUCCUUGGCUUGUUGCCUCAUAAGUCCCCCAGGUCUCAAAAAUAUGCUGAUAUCUCUUCUUGUAUGAAAAGCAGAGAGAAAGAAAUACCACAGGCAGCUGUGAGCAAGAGAAACUCUGCCCCGAAGCCUGGACAAUUUUGUCCUGUCAAUCUUUCUGAUACCGACACAAGUGACAGCGAUGACUGUAUAACACAAACUGAGAGAAAUAUCACCAACUCCAGGCUUGGUUGGAAAGAAAGGUUUCAGUCAGUGACUCUGUCAGUAUCUUCCCCAAAACAGGAAAGGUUUCUUAUGACCAAAGUGCAGCCAUCUGCAGACAGUAUAUUAGCUGGUGCUCCUUCAGAAAAGGGAGAGUAUGCAGGCAAAGGCAAGACAAGCAGUGAAUACACUAAUGUUGCCUCCAAGCAGGUCACGGUUUCUUCAGACAGUGAAAGUAGUUCUGCAGACAGCAGCGACAGCAUUGAAAAAGAAAUUCAAAAUUACUUGGCUCUCAAAGCAAGCCAGAGCAGUCAGAAAUCCAACAAGGUCGGGGCUGUGAGUGAACUGGACAGAACCUCCCAAGAAUCAAAGAGAGAAGACAGUCUGAAUGCUUUUCCAUCUUUGUUUAUUUCUUUGACUUCAUCUUCAUCUCAGACAUCAAUGUCACAAAACAAAAGGCUGAAGAAUAAUGUCAGCUCUGAUCAUGAACUUGAAAAGGAGAAACUGAAAGAAAGUCAACCACAAGAGUCCAGUGGGAAAGCUCUUGUGUCCACUAACAGUACAACUGUCACCGCCAAGAUUAAUCUUAAAGGGAGCUCAUCAGGGCAAGACAUACCUGACGUAAGUAACAGCAUGACUUUCAAUCGAGACCAAGAGAAAUUAUCUCCCAAGGAUUGGGUUGGAGAGAAACAGUCCGCUGUCCUUGACUCUUGGCAGACAGAUGAGAAGAGUAGCUCACUGGAUAGUGAUGAGGACCUUGAUACAGCUACGAAGGAUCUCUUGCAAACCAGAAAGAAACUGGGGAAAAGGUCAAGAGAAAUCAAGAAUCGGUGCAAGAAACGAGUGCGGUUUACAGGUGCAGAGGUUCUUACUUACUCUGAGCAAAGCACAGGAAUCGGUGACCAAACUGUCAGGACUGCUGGAGAAGGCCUCGCUUCUAGCCACGUCCCCCUAAAAAGCUGCUUAUCGAAAAGUAACAAGAGCGCUUGUAGACGUUACUUAGACUUUAAAAAUAAAGGGAACAAGAAGCCAGAAGAGCAGUCAGAAGGUGAAAGCCAUAGCAAAAUGACUAGUAUCAGAAAUCUCAAGGUUGGUUUGUCGUGUGGUGCUGCGUUCCGCUCAGCUGAUGGGCCGACUUGGCAAAAUGUAACAAUUGAGAACAGCAGUUCCGCAGAUAGUGAUGAUGGAAUUGAACAAGAAAUUCUUAAAUUCCUCGCUGAAAAGGCGCGAAUGAAUAGCAGGUUAAAUGAGCAUUCAAAUGAUGCAAAUACAGUGCAGAUAUUUAAAAAACAAGGGGAAGAGAGCAAAUGGUCAGAAAUGGCAGGCCCAGGCAGAGCACUGUCUGCCCUUCCUCAACAAGCUGAGUGGCCAUGUCACCUGGAAGAUGAGCCCACAGCUGGGUAUUUACAGAGAGAUAUGGAAAGCAAGACCAAUGUGAACCAGCAGGAUUUGCUUCAGAACAUUGAUGGUAUCUGCAGUGUACAGAGCCAGAGUGAAGACAGACAAGUCUUAGGAGAACGACCAGCGACUUUCAAGACAGAGACUAAGGCUGGAAUUGUUCUGGAUAAUUUGCAAGUUGGCAGCAUAGACUGGCAUGGUGAUGUCCUUCAGGACAAAAAGGUUAACACUAGUGCAGAGAAUAUUAAGGUGGAAACAACACAGUCCUUACCUUGUGAGCAAAGUGUGCCAUAUGUCAACUCCAAAUUGUUGCAAACAGUACAGCAUAAACAGCAGCCUGUCCAAAUCAAAUCUUCCAAGCAAACUCUAAACAAGUUGUGGAACAUCUUUCAGACUGACCCUCUCCAUGAGACUGUGUCAGCAAAUGAGGCAAAUGGAACCUGUAGAAGGGGACAGUAUUCCAGAGACGAUCAGUCAAAUCUUGAUCGUGGUACAGACCAAAGCUCUCAAGCUGUAGUUAACACUCUCCUCCGUGUAGGCUGGGCAGGUAGUGCUACAAUGAAGAGUGAGAAAGGUAAAAAUCAAGGUCAACCUUUAACAUCUCCGAUGCCAUCAGUAAGUGUUGGUGCUCAGUGCGGUGAAGUGAGCAGGCUGCCUAGUGUUGCAGGGCGAGAGCAAAGUGACCAUAAUUAUCAGAGUGGAGUGAAGAGUGAGGAGGGGGAGCAGAGUGAUGCAAGACUCACACGCACUAACUGUGAGACUCAGCAUCUCUGCAAAAUGUCAGGAGCAUCCAGCUGUCUGCCAAUUGCUGAACCUACCAUAGUCUCAACCCACAAGGAAAGCAGCAGUGUAGAACAGAAAGUCGACAGCGUAGGAGCAGUGAGUGUGACAGUAACACUGAUUGCUGAGGAAACUUCUAAAGGAGAGGCCAGCAGCAAGUGCAAGAGUGGAGGGACUGGGGUUACUCUCCUCAGCACUCAGUGCCAGCCACUGAGCCAGACUUUAUCAGGAUCUAAGAUUGAGGAGCGAAACGACAGGGGCUCAGAAACUGAGGAGGCAGCACAGGGGAGCAGUCCUGAAGCCUUUUACGACAAAGCAAGCCAUCAUUCAGAUGAUGACAGUAGAGUGGACACUGACAGGUCAGGACUGCAGAGACAGGGUGCUGAGGUGUAAGUAUGUUGUACAGUGGCUCAUCUCUAAAUUAUUUGUGUUACAGUCACAAUGUUCAGUCUAGAUUUCAUUGUGGGGAAGGAAGGUUAUCCUAGACAAACCACUGGAUUAAAUCAAUGUUGUUUAAGGUAUAUCAUUACACUCUGUUCAAAGUAAUUAGAUUGAUUAAAAAUACAGCCCUUUAGUUAAACAAAUUUCUUGUCAAACUAUAAGACCCUCCCCUCAUCCACCCAGUGAAAUGGAGUAGGGAUAGGCACUUUGUCAACUCCCAGCUCAAUCUCUGCAUUUGCACCUCCCCAUCCCCAUCUCUGUUGUCCCAUGCCAGUCAUUGAGACCACUGCAGGAUGCACUCAAGUUCCAUUCAGUGAUGUUACUGAAACAAUCUCGCAUGAGUUCAGAGAUUGUAGGAACUGCCGAUGCUGGAGAAUCUGAGAUAAAACGGUAUGAAGCUGGAUGAACACAGCAGACCAAGCAGCAUCAGAG